AGGAGGGCAAACAUGUAAGUACAAAAUCGCACCGUGUCUGCCUCUGGACUCUUAUAAUCCCCUCGAACUCUGCACGGAGAGAAGAAUCUCUUUCGGAUUUCAUUUCUCCUUCUUCUCCACUGUCUCACAGACCUCUCGUUCUCCUCCCCUAGAACAGAAAACCCAUCAGAUCGUUUCUCCUUCUUCUUCACUCUGUGUCACCACCUCUCCUUCUGAAAACACCCCAAACCUCUCUCUCUCGCUCUCUAUAUAUAUACACACACACACACACAUACAUAUAUAUAUCUCCCACUCUCUCUCCUUCUGAAGCAAAACUUCCUUCUUCUGAGUGAUGGGUGUGAGCUGCUCCCGGUGGUCCCACGCUUCCCACAUCACAGAAAUCAUCAUCACCAGUUUCUUUCGCCACAAAUCGUAAGACUGAUAUAUAAAGACAAGAAAAAAACAGAGAGAGAUCAUUCAGUUCUGGAAUCUGGGUCUUUCGUUUUUUCUUUUUUUGACCAGAUAUAGAAGCAUAUAGCUGUGAGCCUGUGAUGGCAGCUUGAUCAAAUCUGUAUCAGCAGGAAACAGUUUUACAAAAGCAUGGCGGGUGGUACUGGUGGUUCUAAUUCCAAUUUGUCUGUUUUGCUUCAAAGCCAAAGAGGCCCUUGUGCUGCUUCACAACCUCUUGAAUCUUUUUUCCUUUCUGGCUCUUCUCCUUCUUUUCUUGGUUCAAGAUCCAUGAUGAGUUUUGAAGAUGUUCAUCAAGCAAACGGAUCAACCAGGCCUUUUUUCCGCUCGUUUGAUCACGAAGACAAUGGAGACGAUGAUCUGGAUGAAUAUUUUCAUCAACCUGAAAAGAAGAGGAGACUUACUGUUGAUCAAGUUCAGUUUCUUGAAAGAAGUUUUGAGGUUGAGAACAAGCUUGAACCCGAAAGGAAAAUCCAGCUUGCAAAGGAUCUUGGCCUGCAGCCGCGUCAGGUUGCCAUAUGGUUUCAAAAUCGCCGAGCAAGAUGGAAGACUAAACAGCUGGAAAAGGAUUAUGACGUUUUGCAAUCUAGCUACAAUAGCCUUAAGGCUGGCUAUGACGACCUCCUCAAGGAGAAGGAGAAACUAAAAGCUGAGGUCAAUCUUCUCACCGACAAGUUGCUCCUCAAAGAGAAAGAGAAGGGAAGCUCAGAAUUGUCUGAUAAAGAUGCAUUUUCGCAAGAGCCACCUAAAAGGGCUAUAGCUGAUUCAGCUUCCGAGGGUGAAGUGUCGAAAAUCUCAACAGCGGCCUGUAAGCAGGAAGAUAUCAGCUCAGCCAAAAGCGACAUAUUUGAUUCAGACAGCCCACAUUACGCUGAUGGGGUGCAUUCCUCACUCUUAGAGGCAGGAGAUUCUUCAUACGUUUUCGAACCCGAUCAAUCAGAUUUGUCACAAGAUGAAGAAGAUAACUUUAGCAAGAGCUUAUUGCCUCCAUACGUCUUUCCGAAGCUUGAAGAUGACGAUUACUCUGACCCGUCUGCAAAUUUUGAAGAUCAUGCCUUUUGGUCCUGGUCAUACUAAGUUACACUUGGUAUAUAUCAUCGUUUGUUGUUCUUCUUGUUUACUCGCAGCUUCUUAUGCAUUAAAGCAAUAAAUCCACUCACGGCGCCCCAGCACAGAUCUGUGGUGCUGGGGUGGGUUCUCCUGGUUGUAGUUGGAAAUGAUGAUGAUCUUUGCCCCGU